UUCAGUAAUAGAGCAGAGGUAUUUAGCGCAUGCGCAUUCCAGCUCCAUCAUUGUGUCUACAGGAGCAGCACUAGAGAGACAAACCUCGUUUACCUUUAAUAACCCAGCCCGUGUCAUUUCACACAGAAACCACCGCUAGAUUUGGCAGAGGAGGACCUCUGAAUUAUGAAGCAAUGCUCCGCUGGACCCUCUCUCUCCUGCUCUAGUUACAACAACUCCUGCUGCUCCACCGCAACCAAAAGCGCUUCUGCCGCUGCUAGUGGUUUGGCUGCCUCCUAAAGGGACAAAAAGGAGAAUUCGCAGUCCUCAUCAGCUGUUGUCUAGUCACAUAUGGUGCAUUGUUUGCAUUCCCGAGUCGACAUCCCUACCUCUCAGCUUCUUGCCAGCCUGUGGCACUCAUAGUGUUAAUCAACACGGGAUAUUAAUAAGCGUGUGCUCUUGUUUUGCCUGGAUUGUACACGCUAAAGGCCUAUUUUUUUAUUUUGUUUUUCCUCUCCACUGCCAUACGGGUGGUGGCAGGACAUCAUAGGCCAUGGAGCCCAAUAUAGAGUACUGUCUGACCCAGGUUCUACAGAAGGAUGUGGCCCGCAGGUUGCAGAUGGGUCCGGAGCUCAUCGACUACAUCACAGAUGCUGACAAGUGUCACGACCUGGAGAGUGACCAGACUGCACUGGAUAAAAUGGUGGACGGUAUCGCCACCUCUUGGGUUAACUCCAGUAACUUCAAGUUGGCUUUGUUGGGAAUGGACCUUCUGUCUGCCUUAGUGAUGAGAUUACAGGACCGAUUUCGGGCCCAAGUUGGUACAGUUUUACCGAGCUUGAUAGAUCGGUUAGGCGAUGCCAAAGAUCAAGUCAGAGACCAUGAUCAAACCCUUCUGAUGAAGAUCAUGGAGCAGGCAGCUACUCCUCAGUACAUAUGGGACCGAAUGUUGGGGGGGUUCAAACACAAAAACAACCGGACCAGAGAGGGAGUGUGUCUCUGUCUCAUCUCAACUCUAAACACAUACGGUGCCCAAGGCUUAACCCUGAGCAAAAUUGUACCACAUAUAUGUAAUCUACUCGGAGACCCCACAAGUCAGGUUCGGGAUGCGGCCAUGAACUGCCUUGUGGAAAUAUACAGACAUGUUGGAGAGAAGGUUAGGAUUGACCUUAGUAAAAAAGGACUGCCGCAAUCGAGGUUGAAUGUAAUUUUCAGCAGAUUUGAUGAAGUCCAAAGAUCUGGGAACAUGAUCCUCUCCUCAGGUUCAGAUAAGAACUUUGAUGACGAGGACUCUGUGGAUGGGGGCAGGUCCUCCUCCUCUUCUAAGGGCUUCUCCAACAGCAAGAGAGGGGGCAGCAUGGGCUCAAUGAGACGACCCAGUUCUGCCUCUGGAUCCAGGGCUCCAGUGAAGGAUAGUGUCAGUGCAGGAGCUGUGGAUGAAGAGGAUUUUAUCAAGGCUUUUGAAGAUGUACCUGCAGUUCAGAUAUAUUCCAGUAAGGAGUUGGAGGACUCCUUGAAUAAGAUCCGUGAAGUUCUGUCCGAUGACAAGCAAGACUGGGAACACCGUGUCACUGCUCUGAAGAAAGUGCGGUCGCUGGUUCUGGCUGGUGCAACCGAACAUGAGGGUUUCCUUCAACAUCUACGGCUUUUAGAAGCUGCCUUCAAGCUGUCGGCUAAAGAUCUUCGGUCUCAAGUGGUUCGAGAGGCCUGUAUCACAUUAGGGCAUCUGUCUUCAGUGCUGGGGAAUAAAUUUGAUCAUGGGGCUGAAAACAUCAUGCCUACGCUGCUCAACUUGGUGCCCAACUGCGCCAAAGUUAUGGCCACGUCUGGAAUGGCAGCCAUCCGCCUCAUCUUGCGACACACACACUUCCCACGCCUUAUCCCGAUCAUCACCAGCAACUGCACUUCUAAAUCUGUGGCUGUUCGAAGACGGUGUUAUGAGUUUUUAGACCUGUUAUUGCAAGAAUGGCAGACACACACUCUAGAGAGGCAUGUGGCAGUUCUCACUGAGACCAUCAAGAAGGGGAUCCAUGACGCUGACUCAGAGGCCAGAUCUGUGGCCAGAAAGUGUUACUGGGGAUUCCAUGGCCAUUACAGUCGAGAGGCAGAGCACCUGUUUCAGGCAUUGGAGUCGACCUAUCAGAAGGCCCUCCAGUCUCACCUGAAGAGUUCUGACAGUAUAGUGUCUCUACCGCAGUCUGACCGCUCCUCCUCAAGCUCGCAGGAGAGCCUCAAUCGACCGCUGUCAGUGAAGAGUGUCAUUGGAGGCCCUGUUACAAGAAGUAAAGUGAUCGGCUCUAGGGUGUCCUCCACCCCUGGUGCCCUCCAGCGUUCCCGCAGUGACAUAGAUGUGAACGCCGCCUCCAGUGCCAAAUCUCGCAUGUCCACCGCAACCUCCCCAUCUCCCUUCAGCUCCGCUGCAGCUCUGCCUCCAGGCUCCUAUGCCUCCCUGGACGGUGCACCUGGUAAAAUAGAUGGUCGAGUGCGGACGAGAAGGCAGAGCUCAGGGAGUGCGGUCAGCGCCAACAGCACCGUUACAGACAGCCGUGGUCGAAGCAGAGCUAAAGUGGUCUCUCAGUCCCAACGAUCCAGAUCAGCUAACCCCACUAGUGCCGGCAGCAGAUCCAGUUCUCCAGGGAAGCUCUUGGGACACGCGUAUGGCAGAAUUCCUAGAGUCACUGCCCCAACAACUCCCUCAGACAAGUACUCAAGAGUCCCAAGAAGCCAGGGAUGCAGCCGUGAAACCAGCCCCAGCAGAUUGGGCAUAGCCAGGCUGUGUGGUAAAGCUCUUCUUCCUGCCACUUCUUCCUAUCGCACGCUAGCCCGGAGCAGUCGCAUCCCCCGCCCCAGCAUGAGUCAGGGGUGCAGCCGUGACACCAGUCGCGAGAGCAGCCGUGACACAAGCCCCACUCGGGGCUUCACUCCUCUUGCCUCCCGACGUCACUCUCGCUCCACCAGCGCGCUGUCCACGGCCGAACCCGUGGGCCAGUCAGAUCGCUUUGGCCUGAUCCAUCAGGCUCGCAUUUCUGCAUCUGUCAAUGCUAUGAGGGUGCUGAACACUGGCACAGAAGUGGAGGCUGCUGUGGCUGAUGCUUUGCUGUUAGGAGACUCCAGGAAUAAGUGCAAGCCUUUGAGAAGGAGGUACGAGUCUGAUGAUGAUGCCAACAGCGACGCAUCCAGCGCCUGCUCAGAGCGUUCCUAUAGUUCCCGUAACGGAGGCAUUCCUCACUACCUGCGUCAGACAGAGGACGUCGCUGAGGUGCUAAACCACUGCGCCAGUUCCAACUGGUCAGAGAGGAAGGAGGGCCUGCUGGGUUUGCAGAACCUGCUGAAGAGCCAGCGCAUUCUCAGCCGUGUGGAGCUCAAGAGGCUAUGUGAGAUCUUCACCAGGAUGUUUGCAGAUCCUCACAGCAAGAGAGUGUUCAGCAUGUUCUUAGAGACUUUAGUGGAUUUCAUCACCGUGCACAGAGAGGAUCUCCAGGACUGGCUUUUUGUACUGCUCACUCAGCUGCUGAAGAAAAUGGGAGCUGACCUCUUGGGCUCAGUCCAAGCUAAGGUCCAAAAGGCUCUGGACGUCACAAGGGAGUCUUUCCCCUUUGACCAGCAGUUUAACAUUCUAAUGAGAUUCAUUGUUGAUCAGACUCAAACCCCCAAUCUGAAGGUGAAGGUGGCCAUCCUGAAAUACAUUGAGUCCCUGGCACGGCAGAUGGACCCUGCAGACUUUGUGAACUCAAGUGAGACAAGAUUAGCCGUGUCUCGCAUUAUCACCUGGACCACAGAACCCAAGAGCUCUGAUGUUAGAAAAGCCGCCCAGGUGGUGCUGAUCUCACUCUUUGAGCUGAACACUCCUGAGUUCACCAUGCUGCUGGGCGCUCUGCCUAAAACCUUCCAGGAUGGAGCCACCAAGCUCCUGCAUAACCAUCUGAAGAACUCGAGCAACACCAGCAGAGUGAGUUCACCAAGCAAUACAAUGGGCCGCACGCCACCCCGGCACCCCACCAGCAGGACCAGUCCUCUCACCUCACCCACAAAUUGUUCCCACGGGGGUCUGUCACCCAGUCGGUUAUGGGGUUGGAGUGUCGAUGGGCUCUUAAAGCACCCUUCUCCCUCUCCUCCUCCUCCUCCUCCUCCGUCUCACUCCUCUAUUCCUGCUGGCCCCUCCCUCAGGGCCUUCCGCUGCGCGCUCUCACCAAGUAUGCUGGAGUAUGACACAGAGAACAUGAAUUCUGAUGAGAUCUUUAGCUCGCUGCGCGGUGUCACAGAAGCCAUCCAGAGCUUCAGUUACCGCAGCCAAGAGGACCUGAAUGAGCCAAUCAGACGCGAUGGGAAGAAGGAUGAUGCUGCUGGGAAGGAAGGGGCAUCUCCGGGGUCUGAUGCAAGACUGGGAUUGGACGUAAUGGAAGGGGGUCGAACUGCUUUGGAUAACAAGACGUCUUUACUUAACACACCGUCCCCGCGGUCUUUCGCUGUGCUGCGGUCAAGAGAGUUCGCACCCUAUGGCUACGGAGACACAAUCACGGCCUAUGACAAAAGUGCUCUGAAGGAGGCUGUUUUUGAUGAUGACGUGGAGCAGUUCCGAGACUGCCGUCAGCAAGACUGUGGUGAGAACAAGAUGGUGCUGCCCAAGGGCUUUACUCCUGAUCUGGUGGCAGACCUACUGAAGGAGCUGUCCAAUCACAACGAGCGAGUGGAGGAGAGGAAGGGGGCUUUGAUCGAGCUGUUGAAGAUUGCUCGUGAGGACAGCCUGGCUGUGUGGGACGAACACUUCAAAACAAUCCUAUUGCUGCUAUUGGAGACACUCGGGGACAAGGAUCACACUAUCCGAGCUCUGGCUUUACGGGUUUUGAAGGAGAUUCUGAGGAACCAGCCAGCACGCUUCAAGAACUAUGCAGAACUCACAAUCAUGAAAACACUAGAAGCUCAUAAGGACUCUCAUAAAGAGGUGGUUCGGGCGGCUGAAGAGGCUGCCUCUACGUUGGCUAGCUCCAUUCACCCAGAGCAAUGCAUCAAAGUGCUGUGUCCCAUCGUACAGACCGCAGACUAUCCCAUCAACCUGGCUGCUAUUAAGAUGCAGACCAAAGUGGUUGAGCGCAUUGCCAGGGAGUCGCUGCAUCAGCUGCUGCCAGACAUCAUCCCUGGCCUCCUACAAGGCUAUGAUAACACAGAGAGUAGUGUUCGCAAGGCCAGUGUGUUCUGUCUGGUGGCCAUCUACUCUGUGAUUGGUGAGGAGCUGAAGCCACACUUGGCCCAGCUCACGGGUAGCAAGAUGAAGUUGUUAAAUCUGUAUAUUAAGAGGGCCCAGACCACCAACAGCAACAGCAGCAGUUCUUCAGAUGUGUCGUCUCACAGCUAGCCGGAUGUACUCUAAUCAGUGCCCUACACGUGCAUUUGGGAACAUAGUUGUGCCUCCUUCAGACAUCCUUUUUUUCAUUGCUUCAUCACAGUCAUCACAUUUUCCCAGAGAGAUGUGUUGCUCACUUCAAUCAGACUUUUCUUUUCGUCCAACUCCUGAAAGCCUCUUAGUUAAUGUCUCAUGCAUCUUUCCAUCUAUGGAACAUUGAAUGUAAAGGGGUUCGGAUCAAGAAAAACGCAUGCCGGCUUUCUGAUAGGGAACAGAUCUUCCAUGAUUGGCAUAGCUUCCCUAAUUGGAGCAAACAAGCUAUCUUCAGCUUCUGAAGAGGUGAUUUGUUAACUACAUUUAUUAGUAAUAACUUAUUCAUGUUUGCAAGUGGUGUUAAAGGUUUAAUCGAGUUAUUUGGAUAUUUUAAACGGACACAGUUGGGUUAACUAAUACAUCACUUGAAUCUCAGUUAAUGCUAGUGGAUCAUUUGGCUGGCCGAGUGAUAAAUGUAAAGAAAAUAAAAAAAUUUAAGUAAUUUGUAGGUUUGGCUACAAUGACAACCAAAAAACAUGUAGGAUUAAAACAUUCUUAUAUUCAUUUUUAUUUCAUGGGACCGCAAUACCACAUCCCGUAAUGUUGAACGUGUAGGAAAUAAUGUUGGUUUCCGAGUCUUUAAAAAGGCUAAUGUAAAGCAAUUGUGUUGAUUUUAUUAUAGGAUGGAUUAUGUGUUCAAAAUGUAGGCCUCAUUACAAAAUACAAGGACAAACUUCUGAAUGUCGAGCUUUUUUCAUCUUUGGAAGAAAAAAGCGAAAGGUUUUGGGAGUAAACGUGCAAGCCACAACACACUUGGACAUUUAAAAACGGACAAACACUCAAUGGAGUCAGAAACAUGACCCAGGAGCAUCUUCAGACAAGAAACAAUGAAGGAAACCGAAUGACACUUUGUUCUUGGAGCAAGAGGAUUGUGAUGGAAAUUUCCAAACUACUAUGCCUUACGUUCCUUUUUCUGUUUUCAAAGCUCAGACUGUUAAGAUAUACGCAUCCACAGGCAUUCUUACUACAUCGCUAAAGCAUGGUGCUGCAAGUUUGCGCAGCACAUGUCUAUGACACUAAUGAAAACCCUCUAAUCUGGCUCAAGAACUAGAGGUGAUGUUAUGUUCUCUGAAAGCUCUGAACUCUUUCUUUUCCUUGUUCAUCUGGAGAUUUUUCCCAUCUGAUGUUAAGUGCUGAGCGUUUAGUGUUUUGUACAUAACAUACAAUCAUUGCUUCUCCCUCCCCCACAAAAUUAAGGUCAAAAUUACGUUGCACUCUUUUGCACGUUAACAAAUAGCCUGCAUGUUUUGACGACAUAACCAUCCUGUGCUGCCGCGACUGACCUAGGUUUGGCUGUUUGUGCCAUGUCAGCGGUCUGGUCGGUCUGUAAAUACAGUAUUAUUAUUGUUAUUAUUAAUAUGUUGCCCAUGUGGGGAAGUAAGUGCAAAGCUCAAAUGGGUCUCACAGUUGACCAAAAUGUCUGUUUGUCUCCGACUGUGAACCAGACCAUAUUAGAAAUUAAGGACAGACAUUUGAAAGCACCCUACUUUCCUUAAGUAUUAUAUACUGGGGCAUGUGGCUUUUAUUGGUAUGCUAAGUGUGCGUACCCUUGUUUGUUGCGGCAUUUCUUUCUAAUGGUUUUUAACCGGUUCAGACCAUGAACCAACAUUUUGUUUUACACUGGGGCUAUUCAUAAAAAGAAUCUGUUAAUGAAAGAACAAAGCCAACUGUGAGGAUCAACAAUGCAAGUAUUAAGUUAAAACGUGGCCCCUUGGUUUUCCUCAAAUGUUGACCUCUAAUGGUAUUCCAUCAAACAAUUCACUACGCAUGUUAGACUUUUUGUCAUUGGACACAGAUACACUCUUGUAUUUGUAAAUUUGUUAUUUCAUUUCCUGUCCCAAUGUACAGUUUUUUUUUUUCAAAGGCUUGUGAUAGAUUUACACCAACCUAAGUUUGGCCUAGAAUUAAAACAACCAGAAACAUGAA